UUCCCAGACCCCACCUUUCAUUUGAGGCGCAGCUGGUUGCUGGAAAGUCUCAUGAUUUUGGUCCCAUCAGCUGUCCUGAGCAACCAGGUCAGCCUGCAGCACUUUCUGGGAUCACCUAUGGUAGACAAAAGCAUGAUGCCGAGUUGAUAUAUCCUCAGAGGAUACACAGGCUUAAUAUAUUUCCUGCAAAUAAAACUGAGCUAGUCGAAAGGAAUGCACUUCCUACAUGGUUGGCCUACCUGUGCCUUUCCGAUAUGACUAUCUUAUGGCAGAGACAAUAUUCUCUCAGGUAA